CGAAAAUUCGGAAGUCUCUCUCUCCCCUUUGCCUAAACUUGCUUCGCAAGAAGAAGAAGAAAAGCAAGGAAGCAGCAAUGGCCGCCGCCGCCGCGUCCUCAUCCUCCGCCGCAUGGAAGCGAUGGAUCCGCCCCGAGGUGUACCCGCUCUUCCUCGCCACCGGCGUGGCCGUCUCCAUCUGCGUCGGCCAGCUCGUGCGCAACAUCACCGGCAACCCCGAAGUUAGGGUGUUGAAGGAGAAGAGGGCCGCGGGAGUGCUGGAGAACUUCGACGAGGGGCGGCGCUACUCGCAGCACGGCUUCAGGAAGUUCAUCGACGGGAGGCGCCCGGAGAUCAUGCCCUCCAUCAACAGCUUCUUCGCCGACCCACCCAAGUACUAGACGACGACGACGAGGAGGAGACGUACGUGUGCCGUCGUCGCCGCUGGAUUGGUUGCCAGCGUUUUGCCGGAAUUUCGAUUCGUGUUUCGACU